GCCGGAUACAGCCUGAUGCUGCGCAGCCAGGGCAUGCUGAAGAGCCGCUGUUGCGUCCUGCUCGGUGACCUGAGGGUGCUCCUUCUCGGGCCACCGACACCGCCGACACCACUGCCUCCGCUGACCCCCAUGAGCGUCCAGGGCACGGACGGCCACGAAACAGGCGUCGCCGUCCCCGACAACAACAACACGUUAACGCGGAGCCAUCAGCACGCAGGGGACCGGAUUGCUCCACCUGCAGCGGGAGCCACCGGGACAUCGGCUGGAGAGCGACCGUGCUGGGUCGACGCUGCGGAGCUAUCGGCGGCCCUGCGCGGCUGUAGCAGCUCCUCUGAUGACUGCUCGAAGGGGAAACUGGAGGAGAGGUUCUCCCUCACCAGCUACACGGAAAGUGGCUUCAGGACUCCGUUAUGCAGGAUCUGCUUCCAGGGACCAGAAUACGGGGAGCUCCUGAGCCCAUGUCGGUGCAGUGGGUCAGUACGCUGCACCCACCAUCCCUGCCUCAUCAAAUGGAUCAGCGAGAGAGGAUCCUGGGCCUGUGAGCUCUGCUACUACAAAUAUCAGGUCAUUGCCAUCAGCACCAAGAACCCACUUCAGUGGCAGGCCAUCUCCUUGACGGUGAUAGAGAAAGUGCAGAUAGCAGCAGCCAUCUUGGGCUCCCUGUUUCUGAUGGCCAGUAUCUCCUGGCUGGUGUGGUCGUCUUUCAGCCCGUCAGCUCGAUGGCAGAGACAAGAUCUGCUAUUCCAGAUCUGCUAUGGCAUGUAUGGCUUCAUGGAUAUCGUCUGCAUCGCACUAAUUAUCCACGAGGGACCGUCUGUGUUUCGUAUAUUCCACCGCUGGCAGGCCGUGAACCAGCAGUGGAAGGUCCUGAACUAUAGUAAGUCCAUGGACAGUUAUGACCUGAAGAAGACCACUGUGGACAGGACUGUGUCACAGCCCAGCCCAGGUUAUCAGACUGGGGUAGGAGUGUCCACCUCCACCUCCUCACUGAUGGUGGUGGCCUCCACAGCCGAUGGCUCCACCUCUACAACCGUGGUGACGGCUGCAGGAGGACUGUCAACACAUAUGGACCCCAACAGCGGCAACACAGUGCCAGACCAACACUGUCCCUACAACAUCCUCCACAUCCUCAGCCACCUCAGGCAGCCAGAGGUCUGUAGCCAACCCAGCAAUAGCACACGAGAGCUGGUCAUGAGAGUCACUACAGUCUGA